AUGGAGGCAAGGGAUGUCCCCAUCUCCAUCCCUGCAUUGGCCACGGAGCUGCGGUUCGCCCAGCGCCUCAGGGAGCAUUUGGAACAGGAGCAGCUCCUGGAUGGGCGCUACCGGCUGCAGGAGGUGCCAAGGGGCCGGGUGGCCCUGCCCAUGCUGGAGGAGAAGCUCGACCAGCUGCGGCUGCCCCAGGAGAUGCCCUGUGAGCUGGUCCAGAUCCAGGACCCUGUCCCCUCCAGGGCAGCCCGUCGGCGGACGCCUGCCCAGAAGCUGCAGGAUGAGCUGCGGCGGCUGCUGGGCGAGAGCUGGUCAGAGGAGCUGGCGCAUGAUGUGCCCCGUGCCUGGCAGCGGCAUGGGGAUCUGGUCCUGCUGAGCGAGGACAGCUUCAGGGCUGCGUCAUGGCAGAAGCUGGGUCCAGUGCUCUGGGAGACGGUUGCCUCGGCUCUGGGUGCCCAGCGGCUGGCCAGGCGAGGACGGGUGUUGCCAGAUGGGAUGCGGUCCCCCAGUGUCACCCUGCUGCUGGGCCAGGAUGGCUGGGUGGAGCAUGUAGACAACGGGAUCAGGUACACGUUUGAUGUGACCAAGUGCAUGUUCUCACCGGGUAACAUCACGGAGAAGCUGCGGGUGGCCUCUCUGUCCUGCUCCGGGGAGGUCCUGGUGGAUCUGUAUGCAGGUAACAAGGACAGCGGGGUGGGGUUUGGCAGGGCAGGCAGGCAGAGAGCAGUGAUGCAGCUGGAGCUGCGGGAUGUAGCGGACCGGGUGAACCUAGGGCUGAUUCCCAGCUCGGAGGAAGGCUGGCCAGUGGCCUGCUGCGUCCUGAAGAAGGGCACGGGUGGGGUUCUCCACAUCCACCACAACGUGGAGACCCUCCCCACACCAGCCCCAACACAGAUCCCGGUCCUGCGGGCUGAGCAGGGGUCUGCAGGGGAAGCAUCUCUCUCUGAUGGAGAGGCGCAGCACCCAACGGAGGACAGUGGGAAGGAGAGACUGGGGGCCAGGAUCAGACCUGAGUGGCAGAGGUGGGCUGAAGCCACGGCAGCACGGAUCCAGGGACUUCUGGUAGAGCUGCACGGGCAGCCGUGGCGCACCAGCAUCCUGCACAUCGAGGCAGUGAAGUCCUAUGCACCCCAUGUGCAUCACCUUGUGCUGGACCUUGAGUGCCGGCCGACGUUGCCCGCCUAG